GAUAAAUACAUUACAUCACGUCAUUGAAACAAGGUUGUUUAUUCACACAAAUCAAGAAUUAAGGAACUUCCAACGCAAUUGCAUAAUCAUGCAUUCCACGGACUUAAAAUUAGCUACUCCGGUCUUAAGUGUACACCAAUAUGCGACAAUAAUUGAUAUUUCGAGAGGAGUUGCACAAGUUCGGAACACGAUCCGAGGUCUGGUUGAACAAUUUAAUGAUCAUUUGUUUCAUGUUUCGGAAGUUUACGGAUGGGAUAUUCUCUUAAGAAGACAACGUUUGUCGGAUAUAAAAACCGAUGAUUGGACAGCAGUAACACCAGGAAACGAACUAAAAAUCAUGUACUAUGAAAAUGUAUAUGGUUUUAGACACGCUCGUUACAACGAAAAUCCCUACGCAGAUCCUUAUCAUCCCAACUUUUACUUG